AUGUCCAACUGCCUCCUGUCAGGUCCCAUUGAUUCAUCUCUUUUGCAUCUCCAGUCCCUAACUGAGAUUCGUCUUGGGAGUAACAAGCUGUCCACUGGGAUUCCCGAGUUCAUCACAGAUUUGUCUAACUUGACAUCAUUGAGUCUGAGCUUUGCUGGAAUUCAUGGAGAGCUUCCUCACAAGUUAAUCCAAUCACCAAAGCUCCAGACUCUUGACUUGUCAUAUAAUUCACUCCUCCAUGGUUCUUUGCCCGAAUUUCCCAAAAACAGUGCCCUUCAAACAUUAAUUCUUAGUUUCACAGGUAUUUCGGGGAUGUUACCAGAUUCCAUUGGGAACCUUGAGAAUUUGACUAGAAUAGAAAUGCUACAUUGCAGUAUCAGUGGAUGGAUCCCCAGCUCGAUGACAAACCUCUUUAAAUUAGUCUAUUUGGACUUGUCAUUCAACAACUUAACAGGUCCAAUCCCAUCUUUCAGUAUGUCCAAGAAUCUGACGCAGAUCACUUUAUCUCACAAUAAUUUAGCUGGUGAAAUUACGUCCACCCGCUGGGAAUAUCUUGAGAAACUUGUAGAUCUCAACUUGAGGUCCAAUUCAAUGGAGGGCAGGAUUCCCUCAUCCCUACUUGCACUUCCAUCGAUUCGGAAGAUACAACUCAACAGCAACAAAUUUUCGGGUCGACUUAGUGAAUCUCGAGAAUUCUCGUCUUAUCAACUGGAUACGCUUGAGUUGAGCGACAACCGCCUGGAAGGUCCGAUACCAAUGCCCAUCUUUGGCCUGCAACAGCUGAGGGUGCUUGCACUUUCUUCUAAUAAGUUCACUGGUUUCUUGGAUCUUUAUCAGAUCCUGCAAAACAGCAGUCUUGCUCAUCUUGAUCUCUCCUACAACAACUUGUCUGUUGAUUACGCGAGUACCAGUUCUGAGAUGGGAUCUUUUCUCCGGAUGGCAACGUUAAACUUGGCUUCCUGUCAGUUGAAAGUUUUUCCUUCUUUUUUGUCGAACCAAACACACCUCGCAUUUCUAGACUUAUCCAACAACGAACUUGAAGGUGCAAUACCCAAAUGGAUAUCGAAUCUUGACGGGCUUCAGUAUCUCAAUCUUUCAUAUAAUCUCCUUGAGGACAGAGAAAUGACUGUCCAUAAUCUCUCUUUGUAUCUCACCACCCUAGACGUUCAUUCAAACAAGCUCCAAGGCCAAUUGCCACCCUUGCCACAGUUUGCUGCUUAUUUGGACUACUCGAGCAACAACUUCAGCUCAGCUAUUCCAGAUGAUAUAGGCGAUGACCUGCUUUUCACUAUGUUCUUCUCUCUGUCGAGGAAUAAUCUCCAUGGCAUCAUCCCUGAAUCAAUCUGCCAGGUUUUAUAUCUUCAAGUACUGGAUCUAUCCAACAAUUAUUUGACAGGACCAAUUCCCUCAUGCAUGCUGACCAAGUACCUAAACGUUCCCAAUCUCCGCAAUAACAACUUGAAUGGGAGAAUUCCUGAUAGUUUUCCGCGAACAAGCGCUUUGAAAAGCUUGGAUCUCAGCGAUAAUCGACUGGAAGGGAAGCUUCCAAUGUCUCUGUCAAACUGCAAGAUGCUAGAGCUUUUGGACAUUCGGGAAAAUCACAUCAAUGAUGUCUUCCCAUGCCAGUUGAAGAACAUCUCAAGCCUGCGCGUACUCGUCCUACGAUCCAAUCAGUUUUCGGGUUCAAUUGGAUGUCAUGGUAGCUGUGAUGCCUGGGAGAAGCUUCAGAUUGUCGACCUUGCAAACAAUAACUUCAGCGGCAAGCUACCAAGGGAAUGCCUUGCCACUUGGCAGGCAAUGAAGGCAACCGGAGAACGAACUCACAUCCAAGUCCCAGUUAUGGAGCUGUCAGGGUUGUAUUACCCGGAGGCAGUCGCCAUCACAGUGAAAGGCCUGCAGCUGGAACUCGUGAAGAUUCUAACGGUGUUCACUUCGAUCGACUUCUCAAGCAACAGGAUCGAGGGCACAAUACCGGAACUAGUGGGGGAUCUCAAGGCUCUUCAUCUGCUCAACCUGUCCCAUAAUGCACUCUCGGGACCAAUUCCAUCGUCUCUAGGAAAUCUGCACGGGCUUGAAUCCUUGGACCUCUCUUCGAACCGUCUCAGUGGUGGGAUACCCCCUGCGCUCGCGGAUCUCAAUUUCCUGUCGGUACUGAAUCUCUCGCAAAAUCAACUGGUUGGGAGCAUCCCGGCAAGUAAGCAGUUCCUGACAUUUACAUCAAGCUCUUAUAGAGGCAACGCCGAACUCUGUGGGCCGCCUUUGACUCAGAGUUGCACGAUCGCCAAGGAUCCAGAAGCUACGUCGGAAUCAGAGUCCGAAAGCACGGAUGCAAGUGUGGUGUCAUAUUGGCAUUUCGUGAUUGUGGGAUUCGGAGCAGGACUUGGAGUUUCUGUAACAUCUCUUACCCCCGGAAUAGAGGUGAGCAAUGGCUUGAUGCCCUUGCGGGCAAGAUACUUGUGA